GAAUAGAGGAGUUACACUGGAUGAUUAUAAAUCUGUGACUACAUAAAUCUGAAUCAAUAAAUCUAUCAUUUUUAUGUUUAUAUUCUCCAAUUUUUAUAUUGCAUUAUAAUGCAUUUGUUUCCCUUUUCUAAUUUCAUUGUUAAAGUAAAAUAGUAAACUUAAAAAUAAUAAGAUUAUACUGAACUUUUGAAUAAUUAUAAUAUGAUCAAUUGUUAUCAUUACAUGUUAAUUAGACUAUGUUAAUUAGAUGACUGGCACAAAUUUAAUUUCACAUAUACAAUUGAUAAUAUAUACUAAUAUAUACUAAUAAUUAAAGCAUAAAAAUAGACACUAAAUAUGAUCAUACAUAUAUUAUAUUAGAAGAAGUCUUCUCUAUAUAAGUAAUAAAAAUCUUAUAUGUUAACUCUUUUUUUAUAAAAUUGAGAUUUUAUUGAUAUAACAUAGACAUGGCUCUGAAAGGAAUAAAAGUUUUGGAAUUAGCUGGACUUGCUCCAGGACCUUUUUGUGGAAUGGUCUUAGCAGAUUUUGGGGCAUCUGUUAUCAGAGUAGACAAGAUUGGAGCUCCAACAUUAGAUUAUUUGGGUCAUGGAAAGAGAUCCAUAGCAUUAAAUUUGAAAUCUGAAAAAGGGAUUAAUAUUUUCAGAAAAUUAAGUGACAAAAGUGACGUUAUUAUUGAUACGUAUAGAAAAGGUGUCAUGGAAAAAUUGAGGAUUGGACCAAAUGAACUUAUGGCAACAAAAAAGCUGAUAUAUGCUAGAUUAACUGGAUAUGGUCAAAAUGGUUCUUAUGCGGAUAUGGCUGGUCAUGAUAUUAAUUAUUUAGGUUUAUCUGGACUACUAUCUUUAUUUGGUCGAUAUAAUGAGAAACCUACACCACCCGUUAAUCUGGCUGCUGAUUUUGGUGGUGGUGGUUUAAUGUGUGUUUUUGGAAUAAUUUUGGCACUAUACGAACGAACUAAAAGUAAUGUUGGACAAAUAGUAGAUGCGUCAAUGGUAGAAGGAAGCGCAUACUUAGGAUCCUGGCUAUUCAGAUCUCAGAAGAUGCCUGGUAUAUGGGGAAAUCCACGUGGCAAAAAUAUAUUAGAUACAGGUUCACAUUUCUAUGAUACAUACGAAACGAAAGAUAAGCUUUAUAUGUGUGUUGGAGCACUCGAACCACAGUUUUAUGAAACUUUCAUAGAGAAACUUGGUCUCUCCAGUGAGGAGAUACCGCAAUUUGAAAAUUUUGAAGAGAAUCGUCGCAAAAUCGCAGAAAUUUUCAAGAAAAAAACUCAGACAGAGUGGUGUAAUAUAUUUGAUGGUACUGAUGCAUGCGUUACACCAGUACUAAGUUUGAAAGAUGCUGCGUCUCACAGUCACAAUAAGCAGAGACAAACGUUCACAGUUAUGGAAGAUGAUAUAAUCCCAAAUCCUGCCCCUCGUUUAUCUUAUACACCCGGAAUUUCUCAAGGAACUUGCAGAAAUCCACAACCUGGUGAAGACACUAUAGAAAUCUUAACAGAAUUGAAAUUUCAACCUAAGGAAAUUGACAAUUUAUUAUUAAACGGAUUUGCUUAUCAGGCAAAUUAUACUUCUAAAAUUUAAAAUAUAAAAGUGAUUUUUAUAAUAAAUACCCUAUAUAGUGUAGUAAACUAUGUAAGUAAACAAUUAAAUAGAAUGGAAAAAGGGAAGAAAAAAUAAAUAAUAUAUCAAAGAGGAUUUUUUUAUUUCGAUUU